AUGUAUUUUAUUUUACUUGGGAUCAAUGGUCGAUUCUACGGUAAAGUAGCUGAAAAGUCAUAUCAAAUACAAGCACAACAACAACAACAGCAACAGAAACGAUCAGCUCCCACCAAUACUAUUUCGAGCUUAGCUUCCACUAUUUUAACCAUUAUUUUAUAUAUUAAUUGUGGUCUAUUUGCUAAUCUUAUUUCUAAUGUACCCAUUAUGGGUCGCUUUUUAUCUUUUUGGAUGAAUUGUAUUAUUAUGUCUUAUUAUUCAUUUGAAUAUCAAUGGGUAUAUAAGGGCUGGAAUAUUGAAAAGCGUUUAGCAUAUAUGGAGGCUCAUUGGGCUUAUUUCUUAGGUUUUGGGUUUCCUGCUACAGUGAUUACAUUUUUCCUUUCUUUUCUUCGUUCUGGCGCCGUUUUUGCUCUUAUUUACCCUUUCUUUAUCAUUAUGGCUAUGUUAUCUGUCCCAAAAGGUACAAAUCCUUAUAACCAAACAAUGCCUUCUGGAGAAAACGCACGCAAUAAGAUUAGUUUACCCAACAAAAUUCCCAUCUUUUACCCUGUUCGUAAAUUAAAUGAUGCAACAAUUUUAUUUAUUCGUCUAAUUGGUGGUGUUCAUGCUGACUCUAUUAUUACAGAAAAAAAGAAUGAAAGUAAAAAACAAGAAUAA